UGCACAUGCAAAUGCAAUAGAUGUUCAGAUUUCACUUGCCAUUUAAAGACCAAUAGCAGCACAAUGAUCCUCCCCGCACGCCCCAAUUUCUUCUCUUUGCUUUUCCUAGUGCUUAUUCUCCAUUCCACUUCCUUCCUAGCAUCAGCUUCUGAUCAUUCUAAAGCUGAAGAUGAAGAAUAUACCUAUGCUAAAGGAAGUAGCAAAGGGCCAGAAAAUUGGUGGCGUAUCAACCCAAAAUGGAAAAUAUGUGGGGAAGGAAAACUACAAUCUCCAAUUGAUCUUCUAGACAAAAGGGUGCAGGAGUUUCCCCAAUUGGGUAAACUUGCCAAAGAUUACAAACCAGCUCCUGCUGUCCUAAAGAAUAGGGGUCAUGACAUUAUGCUUCACUGGACAGGGUAUGCAGGCCAGCUUAACAUAAAUGGAACUUACUACAAAUUGCUUCAAUGUCACUGGCAUUCACCUUCAGAGCACACGUUGAAUGGAUCAAAGUUUGACUUGGAACUGCAUGCAGUCCAUCAAAACUCUAAAGGAGAAAUUGCUGUUAUUGGAAUUUGGUAUAAAAUUGGUCUUCCAGAUCCCUUGCUUUCAAAGNUGCUGAACCACAUAAAAUCAAUUGGCGACAAGGAAAUAGAUUUAGGAGUAAUCAACCCAGGAGACAUCAAGUUUGGAAGCAGAAAGUACUACAGAUAUAUUGGUUCUCUUACAACUCCACCAUGCACUGAAGGAGUCAUUUGGACAAUAGUGAAGAAGGUGAGGACAGUCUCAAGGGAGCAGCUGAGGGCCUUGAAAGAAGCUGUACAUCGUGGAUAUGAGAAAAAUGCAAGGCCAACACAGGAACUUGAUGGAAGACAAAUUUGGUUAUAUACUCCUAAGGAGAAUGAAAAGCCUACUUGAAUAAUUGUAUGAAGAUGUGCAGAAGGCAAUAAAGUAGAGAACGACAAGAGUUGUUUGUACGGAGUAUGGACAAAUAAAGACUAGAUCAGAGAGCACGGUCAAGCAAUUGGGAUGAUGAUCUUUAUUGUGUCUUAAGUUGGAUUUUUGGUGUGCAUGUUUUGGUAGUCAGUGGCUUUGAUUUGUUUGUCUUUUGGUUGGUUUAGGUGGUAAUCAUAAUUUGGGCGAGGGAAUCAUUAAUUUACUCCGUAUUGUAAUAGUUGGUCACCUUUUUAAAAUGGCAAUGAUUUUUGAAUUGUAUAUUAUCUAUUAUUUUAGCUCCCAAAAUUGUAAUGGAUGGUUUAAUUGGUUCUUAAAAUA